UUUUCUCCGUAACAGAAAUACGGAAUCCAUUAAUUUAAUCACUUCCACUUAAUCAUUGAUUAUCUCCCUAAUUAAUUCUUCCCCACAAAACAAAAAAAGAUCUUCAAGUUGUCAACUACACCAAGUGAUUCAAACCUCUGGGGAAGGUCGUUUCUCUUCCCCUCUCUCUCUACCCUCUCUCCUCCUCCCAUGUUUUUAAUUUCUUCAUCCCCCAUCAGAAUUUCGUUAUCAGUUUCUCAACAAUGGCAUCACUUCUCUCCACCACCACGCAAACCCCUCCAAACCACACAAAUAUUGCACAAGGCCUGUAUGCUGACCAGGUUCUUUUUCUUUCCUUCUCCGAGCUCCUGGCCAACAUGGACUUAACAUGGAUGGCGGAUUUUCUCAAGGGCAUGGUGAAGCCGCUGGCCGCGACGGUGGUGGUGCUGUUGGCGGUGGCCUUGUCCUUCAUGCAGAAGCUGGGUUUGGGUGGAGAGAUGAUUUACUCCAUUGCUAGGGCCUUUGUCCAGCUCUCCAUUAUUGGGUUUGUUCUGCAGUUCAUUUUCACUCGGGACAAUGCUGCUUGGAUCAUUCUGGCUUACCUUUUCAUGGUAACUGUGGCUGGUUACACAGCAGGCCAAAGGGCUAAGCAUGUCCCUAGAGGGAAGUAUGUUGCUGGGGCUUCCAUAUUGGCUGGAACCUCUAUCACAAUGCUCCUGCUUGUUUUGCUCAGAGUCUUCCCAUUCACUCCAAGAUAUAUCAUCCCUGUUGCUGGAAUGAUGGUAGGAAAUUCAAUGACAGUAACCGGGGUUACAAUGAAAAGACUUCGCGACGAUAUUCGAACUCAAAUGAAUCUGGUAGAGACAGCAUUGGCUCUCGGGGCCACCCCGCGCCAAGCAACACUUCAGCAGGUGAAGAGAGCUUUGGUAAUUUCCCUGUCUCCGGUUCUGGACAAUGCGAAAACCGUGGGUCUCAUCUCGCUUCCUGGUGCCAUGACGGGGCUUAUAAUGGGAGGAGCUUCUCCUCUGGAGGCCAUUCAGCUACAGAUUGUUGUGAUGAACUUUCUCAUUGGUGCAUCUACAGUUAGCAGCAUCUUGUCAACAUAUCUGUGUUGGCCUGCCUUCUUUACUAAAGCUUAUCAGUUAGAGACCAAGGUCUUCUCCUCAGAAUGAAGAUUUUAUAGUGCCCUUAAUUACAAAAUACAGACAGAAAAAUGCACGAAAUUAGGCCUCCCAAGGCACACUUGAGGGUCUAGUAGCCAUAAUUGAAGUGUUAGAUUGUACAAUGUCUAUCAAUCGGUCACUCUGUUUCUCUCAGUGACAAAAAUAU